GCGGUGGAGAGCGGUGGGGCGAACGUGGCGGGUGUAGGGAGUGGUGGGAUCAGCAGUGCUGAUGGUCUUGGUGCCUUGGGAGGGGGUGGUGUGGGUAUGGAAGAAGGGAGUGUGAGUGCGAGGACAGGCAGGCAACGCAGCAGUAGCUGUCAGUGGCCCGAGGGGUCUCACCUCAUGGUGGGUGAUUCUCAGAGGCUAGAGGGAUCUCAUAGGCUAGAGGGGUCUCAGAGGAUAGAGGGAUCUCAGAGCUACAGGCAGACUAGGUUGAGCAGAGGAUCAGGCAGCGAUGCUGCUGCUGCUGCUGGGUUAAGCAUAGACACGAUAGAGGAAGCCAAGGAGGAAGGCAGAUUGGACGUGGACCAGUCAGGCUCUGAGAUGACGUGGACAGAUCCCAGAUCCGAGUAUGGCAGCCCGGCACGCCACGUCAGCGAUGAGGUGGAUGUGUCAGCAGUCGCCGAUGCUUUGCCAGCUGUACAGGAAGUAGCGUUUAGCCAAUCAGGUGCUGGCUGUGUUCGGAGAGACGGCAUGGUGGAGGAGGGAAGAGCACGGGAGGAGGGGCUGCAAGGAGCAGCAGCCGCGGCUGCAGCUGCUGUUUUAAGUAGGCAUGGGCAGAGGGGAACAGCAGGAGAGGGAGACUGGUCCGGCGGAAAAGAGGGGGGAAGAAGAGCAGGAGGACGGAGACUGGGCGGAAGGAAUGGGAGAAGGGAUGAGAAAAGGGAUGAGAGAAGCAACAGGUGGAACACAUGCAGAAGGCCCUGCCAUUGGUAACACCGUAACCAACGCCACCACCACCACCUCCACCCCCUUCCCCUCCGCCUCCUCCC